UUCUGAGCCUUCUCCUCUGCAGAUUGCAAUGGCGCUCUCCGCUGCGUUUCGGGAACGACUUGAGCACAUGGAGCAUACUCGUAACCAACGCCUCUCUCUCCUCCAGGCAGAGAAAGAAGUGCAGGAGAACAAGUCUCAGGCGUUGGUUUUGAGGAUCGCAAGCAUGAGGGCCACGGAGCGGAGGUGCUUGGCGCUCGACCAAAAGAUCGCAUCGCAAAGCUUCAAGAUUUGGACGCUGAGGUCGGAGAUAGAUCGCCUCGACGAGAAAAAUCAAACCGAUUCACAUCAAUUGAGGGUUUUGAAGAGUGAGGUGGAGGAGCUUGAGGACUUGGAGAAGGAGAAGAACAGGUUUUAUGAACUGAAGGGCUCUGAAAUGAAGGAGUUCAAGGAAAAUAUGGAGAGGUUUGCUUUUGAAUGCCAAAUGCAAGUUCAAGAUUUGAAGAAGGGCAUCAAUGAGAUUCAAUCGAGCUUUGUCAAAUUCCAAGGCAGUGACAGAUGCACAAGUGAUUCUGAGAUAGCUGCGGCUGAAAUGAGAAAGUCUGAGCUUUUAGCUAUGAAAGAGGAGGUUGAUAGAAAAUUGGCUUCUAAUUACCAAAUUAGAGCCCAAUUGCAAAAGCAGCUUCAAACCAUUCUAACCAAACACAAACAAGACACAAGUUACAAAUCCUGAUCACCAUAGUGUGCACAUUAGCAUAUAUCUGAUUCUCAUAAGACAAUGCUAGUAUUGCCACUCUUGCAAGUGCAUCAUUGUACAUAAUAAUUGUAGAGACGUACAUUGAUACACAAAUUCUGAUA